AUGCAGCGCGACGAUGGCUUUGUUUAUUGCUACGGAAAUAUGUACAGCUUGCUGUUCUACUGGGGAUUGGUCUCUAUCCGGGUGAGGAGCCCCAGUCGAGGAGGGGCAGUCUCAAAAAGGUGGACGGUAGCUUAUGCGCUGUGCGCGCGAUUCUUCUUGGUUAACUGCUUCCUUGGCAGCGUGUUGGUGAAACUCAGGGAUCCCGAGAUGUCGUCUGCCAUGUUUGGACACCUUAGCCCGCUGGUCAAGGCGAUUUUUAUCUGGGAGUGUCUCAGCUGCUCCAUCACCUAUGUGGAGUACUGCCUGUCGCUGGAUUCGAAAAGGAGCAGGCACCUCAAACUCUUAGCCAGCAUGCAGGAGUUUGAUGGGUCUGUCCUGGAAGUAUUUCCUUAUGUCAAGUGGAACUACCUACGCUCUCGACUGAAGUAUUGGUAUGGCACUGUGAUCGUCGGCUCUUGCUAUUUCUCCUUCUCCAUCUCACUGAUCUUCGAUACGGCGCGUUGCACCUGCGGCAUACCGUCCACCAUGGUGUUGGCUCUUACCUACACUCUGCUGACCAGUUCCGUGGGAUUGGUGGGCUUUGUUCACAUCGGAAUCAUGGACUUUCUGCGGGUGCGCCUACGACUGGUGCAGCAGCUGCUCGAACAACUUUAUCAAGCCGAUGGAAAUCGAGAGGUUCACGAGAAGAUUGCAUUCCUGUUUGACAUGUCCAAGCGCUGCUCUUUUCUUCUGGCGGAGCUGAAUGGAGUGUUUGGGUUUGCCGCCGCAGCUGGGCUCUUCUACGACUUCACCAUCAUGACCUGCUUCGUGUAUGUCAUUUGCCAAAAGCUGCUGGACCGAGAACCCUGGGACCUGGAGUACGCCUUCAUGCUGUUCCACGUGGCCAUACACACUUACAAAGUGGUCAUCACCAGCACCUAUGGGUAUUUGCUCCAGCGAGAGAAACGGAACUGUAUGCAGAUGUUGAGCAACUACUCCAGAUACUUUCCUGGUCAGGAUGUGGCCCACCGGCAGACGGAGGACUUUCAGCACUGGCGCAUGCACAAUCGUCAGGCGGCACUGGUUGGCAGCACAACAGAACUUAAUGUUUCUACAAUUUAUAUGGUGUACAACGGCAUGGCCAACUAUGUGAUUAUCCUGGUACAGCUGCUAUUCCAGCAACAGCAGAUCAAGGAUCGCCAGCUAACAUCGGGCAAAGAUGUCGACAUUGUUGGGCCGAUGGGUCCCAUUACUCACAUGGAUUAA